AUGUCACUAUCACUUUCUGAUGCAAUUGGCAUAAGUUUAGAUCUUUUACGAGAGAAGAAAGAUUUUAUUGAUACCACUGAUGAAAUAAUAUCUCGUACAUCUGCUAGUCUCAGAGUUAAAAUAUUUGAAAUUGAUCAAGAAAAAGUGUCAGUAGCAUCACAAAAAACAGCUUUAAGUAACAAAAAAGUUCUCUUUCAGGGUGAAGUCAAGAAUCUUAUUUCAAGUCUUCUUCGUGCUCUCAUGGAUACAAAUAUUUCAACUUCAAGUAUUAAUUGCCAUAAUAAAUACUUUUGUAACCAAGAGUCACCUUAUUAUAAUCAACAAAUAUGUGAAUUGCUGUGUAAUAAUGCUGAAAAAUAUGAAAUGAACCUUUCUCGGAGAGCAUCAACUAGUCUUCCAAGAUAUUUAUUUCAAGGACUCGAGAAUCUUCAACUUAAUGAACUAGAUAUCAGCUAUAACAAGCUGACAACACUGCCAAAAGAUAUCUUCGAACCUCUUGAUGAUCUUCGUACGUUGCUAAUAGAGUCUAACGAACUAAAAUAUCUAGAACCGAGUAUUUUCUAUGAUUUAUUACAACUUCAGGUACUUAAUCUAAGCAAAAAUAAAUUGGUAACUUUAUCAAAAGAUAUAUUUAAUGGCCUACAAGAUCUUUGUGCCUUACGUUUAAAUUCAAACCAACUAAGUUACUUUGAGCCAGGUACUUUUGAUGAUUUAUUGAGCCUAAAUUAUCUUGAUAUCAGCGACAACAAUCUCACAAAUUUAUCGAGAGAUAUAUUUAGUAGUUUAAGAGAGCUUAGUUAUCUUGAUUUAUAUUCAAACAAACUACAAAAUCUCGAGUCAGGUUGUUUUAAUGGUUUAUCACAACUUGAGAAACUUAAUAUCGGCAACAACAGUUUGGCAACAUUAUCUGAAGGUGUAUUUAAUGGUCUUGAAAAUCUUCAGACACUAUAUUUAGAUUCAAACAAACUACACAAUUUUUCGGCAGGUUGUUUCAAUAGCUUGUCACGACUUUCUAAGCUUAAUUUAAGCAACAACAGUCUAGCAACAUUAUCCAAAGGUGUAUUCGAUGACCUUGAAAAUAUUCAGAACUUAAAUUUAAAAUCAAACACAUUAAGCAAUCUUGAGUCAGGUUGUUUCGAUGAUUUAUCACAACUUGAUAUGAGCAACAACAGUCUAACAACAUUGUCCAAAGGUGUACUCAAUGAUCUACAAAAGCGCCGUAUCCUAAAUUUAAAUUCAAAUGAACUGCAAAAUCUUGAGUCAGGUUGUUUUAAUAAUUUACUACGACUUCAUACACUUGAUAUUAGCGAAAACAAACUGACAACUUUAUCAAAAGAUAUAUUUAAUGAUCUACAAAAGCUCCGUAUCCUAAAUUUAAAUGCAAAUACUCUACAAAACCUUGAGUCUGGUUGUUUUAAUGGUUUAUCACAACUUCAAGAACUUGAUCUCAGCAGAAACAAACUGACAACUUUAUCGAAAGAUAUAUUUAAUGGUCUACAAAAACUCAGUUUCCUAUAUUUAAAUUCGAAUGAACUACAAAAGCUUGAGUUGGAUAUUUUUAAUCAUUUAUCACAACUUCAGGAACUUUAUCUCAGCAAAAACAAGCUGAUAACUUUAUCUAAAGAUAUAUUUAGUAGUUUACAAGAUCUCCUAUGUCAAAAAUGGAAAAGAGCCCUUGAUUAUUCUUGGAGUAAUGUCAAAAAACUUCAACUAACUCACUGGAAAUACAAUAAGCAUCCAAAUUGUUUGAUAAAAUAUCCAAAAAGAGAUAGAAAAUUAAGCUUUUUAAAAUCAUUACUUCAUAAAUGUGGUCGUUAUUUAACACAAUUAGACUUGACAGCUUAUGGUCAUAGUGACAUAGUGCGAGUUAUUAAUGAAUAUUGUCCAAACCUCGUGAAACUUCGAUUGAGAUUCAGCCCUGUUGAAGAUGAAUUUUUAGCACUUAAUGCAUUUUCACGUUUAUCUAAGCUUAAAGUAUUAGCAGUUAUAUUUCAAUGUGACUCUACACAGUUAUAUAUGCUUCAUUAUUUAAUCACUGCAUUGUUGGCCCUCGCUGAUACAUUGACUGAGCUGACUCUGUUCAAUUGGCAAGAUGAUCAGAUACCCAGCUAUAUAAAUCCUAAAAAUUAUACAUUCUAUAAAUUUACGAGGACCACCAAUUUUGUACUUUGUCGACUAAAGAAUCUGAAAAAAUUUGAAUUUGGUGGUAUAAUAAUGUACCCAGAGUUAGAAGAGUAUCUGAGAAAUAAUCACACAAUAGAAUGUUCUUACUAUGAUCGUUCCUUAAAAAAAAAUGUCAUUAAGCCAAAUGAGUUUGGGUCAGUUAUGAAUAUAACUACAUUGAGUUUGUCAAAAUACAAAGUUUCAGAUGAUAGUUUGUAUACUAUUGCCAAUACCAUGAAGCAAUUAACAAAGCUUAAGAUAAAUUGUGAAUGGAUAACUAACGAGGGUGUAGUAGCCAUUUCAAAGAUCAAUAAUUUAACACAUCUUUGUUUUUUCGGCGUUAAUGACAGCAUUGAUUCUUCAUCAAUUAAAUUGCUCAAAAACUUGAAUAAAUUAAUGUUACUACGCAGCAAUAAAGUUACUGAUGAUUUGGCCAUGAAAGUUCUCGAAAAUUCACCAAAUAUGGAGAUGCUUUUAGUUCCGAAUACAAGUGUAACUGUUGAAUUUAUAAAAAAAGCAGCAGAAAUAUCAAGAAAUCGAAAACAACGCUUGCUUUCAGCUGUUUCUUUCAAAAUUGAUAAAAAACGUAAAAAACAAUAUGAAUCGCCAUAUUUCGAAAUCAUUUGUUUAACAAAAUUAAUUAGAUAUAUAACAAAUUUUCGUAAUAACUGA